GACUUUUUGGACUUGGUUGGAGAACAAGCGUUUGUUGUUUCGAGGCGGGAGAGAGAGGCUUUACGUUUAGGCAACACACAUCAUCCACCAUGAUUCAAUUAAAGUCGAUGCUCAACUGCAUCGACAACUCGGGCGCCGCCUUGGUCGAGUGCGCCCUGAUCGUCGGCCAGAAGAGGCAUGCAUCGAUAGGUGACCGCAUCGUCGUCGUCGUCCAGGAGCAACGCAAGAACCCCAACGAGGGCGCCGCCGCGCUGGCCGCCUCCAACAAGGUCAAGCGCGGAGAUAUCCGCCACGCCAUUGUUGUCCGCACAAAGUACAAGGUCCAACGCAAGGACGGCUCUGUCGUCCGAUUCGACGACAAUGCCUGCGUUCUCAUCAACAAGGCCGGUGACCCCGUCGGCUCGCGCGUCAACGGCAUCGUUGGCAUGGAGCUUCGAAAGGCCAAGUGGAGCAAGAUUCUGAGCAUGGCGCCCAUGCAUAUAUAACAUCCCAGAGGCUGAAAAGGGGGGUUGAGGUUUAUCGGAUUGUGCUACUAUGAGGUGGAGGGGGUGACGAUACUAGUUGGAGGUGGCAGGUCGUGUCAGUUUCUUGUGAGGUGAAAGAAAGGUCUGGCGAAAUACUGGUGACUUGGUUGGCAAGUCUUGUAACAAGAAAGAUCACAAAUAUGGCGCUUGGAGUUCCGGAAGUUCUGCUGGGCUACCUGUAGCGCAACGAAAUGUAAAACAACAUAGACGAGCAUGUGUAAAUUGAAAGUACUUGAGGGAUCGGGAGGAGUUGUUUUGGACGCCCUGCAUCAUCAUUUCGCGAUUCAGAGGGACACGAAGCACAUGAAAACCGACAUUUUUGGUUGACAAGUUGUAUUGAGUAGAAUGAAACUAGAGACAGAGCACCGCCUCAUUAUUACGCCAAAUUAAACAGACAGAAUAGGAAACCA